GGGGGUCCUUUCCUCCGCCCGAGGGGCGCCGGUGCCCGGCGGAGCGGGCGCAUGGGGCGGCGUUCCGGGAGGCUCUCGCCCGCUCCCCCGCCGGAUGCUGCCGGGGCUGCUUUGGCUGCUGUUCUUCGCCGGCGAUGAAGGCGCUGCCUUGAAGAUGGAGAUGAUCUGUGUUUUAUUCCUCUCUCUGGUGCCGGCGUACAGCAGAGGACAAGGGGUUUACGCUCCUGCUCAGGCCCAAAUCAUCCAUGCUGGGCAGGCAUGUGUGGUGAAGGAGGACAACAUCAGCGAACGUGUUUACACGAUUCGAGAAGGGGACACGCUGGUCCUGCAGUGUCUGGUCACAGGACACCCCCGGCCACAGGUGAGAUGGACCAAAACAGCUGGCAGCGCGUCGGACAAAUUCCAAGAGACGUCAGUGCUUAACGAGACCCUUCGGAUUGAGAAGAUCCAAAGGCUGCAGGGGGGCCGCUAUUACUGUAAAGCAGAAAAUGGGGUUGGGGUUCCUGCCAUCAAGUCCAUUCGAGUAGAUGUGCAGUAUCUAGAUGAACCUGUCCUCACCGUUCACCAGACCAUCAGUGAUGUACGUGGCAGCUUCUACCAGGAGAAGACUGUCUUCCUCCGUUGCACUGUCAACUCCAACCCACCAGCUCGCUUCAUAUGGAAACGGGGAGCUGAGACUCUUUCCCACAGUCAGGACAAUGGCGUGGACAUCUAUGAACCCCUCUACACACAGGGUGAAACCAAAGUCCUGAAGCUGAAGAACCUGCGGCCCCAGGAUUAUGCCAGCUACACGUGCCAGGUGUCCGUCCGCAAUGUCUGCAGCAUCCCUGACAAAUCGAUCACCUUCCAGCUCACAAACACCACAGCCCCACCUGCCCUGAAACUGUCAGUCAAUGAAACAUUGGUGGUCAACCCUGGUGACAACGUCACUAUGCAGUGCUCUCUGACAGGCGGUGACCCACAGCCAGAGGUGCUUUGGUCUCAUUCUCCCGGCCCGCUGCCUCCCAAUAGCCUUGUGCAAGGAGGCAACCUCACCAUUUGGAGGAUCCGCGUGGAGGACUCAGGCUACUACAACUGCACAGCCAUCAACAACGUGGGGAAUCCAGCAAAGAAAACAGUGAACCUACUGGUGCGGUCCAUGAAGAAUGCCACGUUCCAAAUCACUCCUGAUGUGAUCAAAGAGAGUGAGACCAUCCAGUUAGGGCAGGACUUGAAACUCUCAUGCCACGUGGAUGCUGUCCCCCAGGAGAAGGUUGUCUACUCCUGGUACAAGAAUGGGAAACCAGCCAGGUUCUCAGACCGGUUACUCAUCACCCGGAAUGACCCUGAGCUCCCACCUGUGACCUGCAGCUUGGAGAUUAUCGACCUGAGAUUCAGUGACUAUGGCACCUACUUGUGUGUGGCCACCUUCCAGGGAGCACCCAUUCCUGACCUCAGCGUGGAGGUGAACAUCUCCUCAGAGACAGUGCCGCCAACCAUCAGUGUCCCCAAGGGUCAGUCUACCAUCACCGUCCGGGAGGGCUCCAGGGCUGAGCUGCAGUGUGAGGUUCGAGGGAAGCCUAAGCCACCCAUCAUCUGGUCCCGAGUAGAUAAGGAAACCCCCAUGCCUUCAGGGACAAUGACGGUGGAGACGUAUGAUGGGAAGCUGUGCCUGGAGAGUGUCAGCCGAGAAAUGAGCGGGACCUAUAAGUGCCAGACAGCCAGGUACAAUGGCUUUAACAUCAGACCCCGGGAAGCCCUGGUGCAGCUCAACGUGCAGUUUCCGCCGGUGGUGGAGCCAGCCUUCCAGGAUGUGCGCCAGGGCAUGGGGCGCAGCGUCACCCUGCGCUGCACCAUGCUGAAGGGCAGCCCCAUGAAGGUGGCCACCUCCGUCUGGCGCUUCAAUGGCACCCUGCUGGCACAGCCCCCAGCAGAGCAGCAGGACUACUCGGAGCUAAAAGUGGACAGCGUGAGCCAGGAGACCAGCGGCAGCUACGAGUGCAGCAUCUCCAACGAUGUGGGGGUCUCUGCCUGCCUCUUCCAGGUGUCUGCAAAAGCUUACAGCCCAGAGUUUUACUAUGACACUCCAAACCCCACCUUGAGCCAGAAGCAAUCCAAGAAUUACUCUUACAUCUUGCAGUGGACACAGAAGGAACCUGAUGCUGUGGAUCCUAUCCUCAAGUAUCGCCUGGAAGUCAGGCAGCUGGCUCAGCGAAACACCAUCCAAACCUUCAUUCCUGUACAGAAAAUGGAGAAGGGCCUGUUGCUGGAGCACAUCCUGCCCAACCUGAAAGUGCCUCAGAGCUACGAAGUUCGCUUGACACCUAUCACCAGCUUUGGGGCUGGCGAUAUGGCUGCCCGCAUCAUCCGGUACAUGGAACCAAUCAACUAUCCCAGCCCAACAGAUAACACCUGUCGCUUUGAGGAUGAGAAGAUCUGCGGCUUUGUGCAGGACAAGAUGGACAACUUUGACUGGACGCGGCAGAACGCCCUGACCCAGAACCCCAAGCGUACUGUCAACACGGGGCCACCCACGGACAUCAGCGGUACGCCAGAGGGUUAUUACAUGUUCAUCGAGGCUUCUCGCCCCCGGGUGACAGGAGACAAAGCCCGACUGAUCAGCCCACUGUACAACAUCACAGCCAAGUACUACUGUGUCUCCUUCUACUACCACAUGUAUGGCAAGCACAUUGGCUCCUUGAAUCUGCUGGUUCGCGUGCGGAACAAGCGGGCCAUCGACACCCAGGUGUGGUCACUCAGCGGGAACCGGGGGAACAUGUGGCAGCAAGCACACGUGCCCAUCAACCCUCCUGGGCCCUUCCAGAUCAUCUUCGAAGGUGUCCGGGGCACGAGCUAUGAGGGGGACAUUGCCAUUGAUGACGUCACUCUGAAAAAGGGAGACUGUCCGAGGAAGCCAAUUGGACCAAAUAAGGCGGUUGCUCUUCCAGGAAAUGGUGUCCCAGCCCAGUAUGGCCCUUGUCUUUGCGGCCCAUUGACUUUCUUCCUUUACAUGCUUCUCAGAUGAUGGCAAGUGAGCGCUCCUGUCUUCAGACCGAGACAUUCCUGCUCCUUUCCUACUCAGCCACCUCUGCUCCUCUUCCUCCCCUCCUCACUGGCACACCAAAGUGUCCAUACGUUACCAAAGACUGACAGGCAUGACCACGCAAAGGGAUCUGGUUCAGAACUGGAGCACUCCUUGAGAAAGUCAUAAUGUCUAAGACAAAAUUAAAAAAUAAAGACAAUUUUUUUUAAAAAGCACGUGCACAAGAGAGUGAGAGAAAGAGAGGAAGGAAGGAAACAGAAACACAGGAAAGAAGGAAUUAAAGACAAAAAAAAGAAUGAAGAAAUGUGAAGAGCAAAUGAAGGAGGAAAAAACUACCACUAUAUUUCCUUGGGAAUGUCGGACAGGGCUUCCUCAGGGAAGUGGGAACUUGUUUUAAACAAACAAACAAAAAUAUAUUAAAGCACAAAUUUCUACCA